CCUCUUCUCCCACCCCCCUCCCCAGCCUCCGGCAGAGGCAGCAGGACGAUGGAGCGUGGCUGGCUACAAGUGCUUCUCUAUUAGACUUUCAUAGAGCAGCCUAGGAAAUGCAACAAUCAUCUGCCAAAUGGAUGCAAACGUAAGAGAGAGACUGAAAAGAAAUACAUGUCAGAGGGAAUUUGUUUAAUCAUUUAGCAGCUGAAACAAGCCAUAUCCCUAGCAAAAUACUGGUUAGAGGAUAGAAGAUUGCUUUGAGGCAACAGCUCAUGUACCGUGAUAACGCUUGAUUGUAUUAUUGACAGAGGUUCCUGAAGCAUGGCUUAGGUUAGAAGCUGUGGCUUGCUAGAGAGGAGUUCUGAUGGCUUGUAUGGAGCUUCUGUACCUCGCCAAGAAGGGUAGGCGAUCAGAUCUGUGCAACAAUGUGGACUGGAGUUUGCAAGCCCCUCCCUAUGAACAGCAGAGUGAUGGGGACGAUAUGGGGGCAAGAACAGCAGCUGCGGUGGCAGCUCUCUGCUGUGAUAGGCACUGCAAGUCUAUACAAAGGGCAGCCACAGCAGGUUCCACCCAGGCACCCCUUUCCUCCACUCCUACCCCCUCCUUCUCCUGGCAGCGUGCGGCAGCAUCAAGCAGCAUCCAGCCAGCUCACUUGGAUGGAGAAGAGGAAGCCGAAAAGAAGAGAGCCUGCUGCUGUGCUCAGGAACUGGAGACAUCAUUUACUUAUAGGGAUGAAAAUGUCAAUCUGGAGCAUAUGAGAAAUGCCCCUUCUCCUGUGAAGAGUUGCUGCCAGGUUCCCCCUGCCCAGCAUAGCUCCUGUACAGAGAUCCCACACGAUUGGGCUCAUGAUCCUACCUCCCUGAUCUCUGAGGAAGAUGAUACUGGAUCAGAAGCUGCUUCAGGGACAUCUAUAGACUAUGGGUUCAUUAGUGCCAUCUUGUUCCUGGUUAGUGGGAUUUUGCUAGUUAUUAUUUCCUAUGUGGUGCCCAGAGAUGUGACUGUGGAUCCUAACACUGUAGCAGCCAGGGAGAUGGAGCGACUGGAGAAUGAGAGCGCUAGAAUCGGGGCUCACUUGGAUAGGUGUGUGAUCGCUGGGCUGUGUCUCUUAACUCUGGGGGGUGUGGUGCUGUCCAGUUUAUUAAUGAUGUCUAUGUGGAAAGGGGAGCUGUACAGGAGGAAUAGAUUUGCAUCCUCCCAGGAAUCUGCAAAGCUGUAUGGUUCUUUCAAUUUUAGAAUGAAAUCCAGCACAAAUGAUAAUACACUAGAGUUAUCAUUAGUAGAAGAAGAUGCAUUUGCCAUAGAUAAUUAGCACGGUCGUGAUUUUUAAGGCACUAUUUCUACAGGAAAAUAUGUUCUAGUAAAUAAAACAAAUACAGCUAAAGAUAGGUAGUAAUGCAGUUUAAUUGCCUGGCAAUAAAUGUCUUUCCUUAAAUUCUGUAACUGAAUGUUUGCAUUAUAUGGAGGUUUGUUUUUUAGGGGAAACCUGCUAGGGAUAAUGUAAUCAAUAUCAAUGACACUUUCUUAUUUAAACCACUGAAUAAAAAUAAAUUUGUGAUAA